CUUCGGUGGUAGUCGGUGUUCGCAGGUCGAAGCUGAACGCGAACGCAUACUCAACAACCACCCCUUUCUGCGCCACGCCAAAGUCCAUAAGUCUAUAAGCGAAAAGCGAAUAAGCGAAUCAUAAGUUUGUUGUGCACAUUGUGUGUGGGCCCUUAUUGUGGGUCCGCGGAAAUUAGGCCACCCGCUCUCGCGCCUCCUCUCCAACCCAACAUCAUCCUCCGGAUCAAUCAGCAUCGCGAAACGAACGAACAAACACACGCGUCAUUUCCACUCCGGGUCAAUAUUGAAUCGCGUGGGUUUUCCGGACGACGCCAUCUGUUUCGGCACAUUUUUCUGGGCAAAUUGUACGAGUGCGUCCUGAGAGUCGACGAUUUGCACGACACGAAUCGAUUCAAAGAGUAAAUGUUACAUGUCCGAAACACAUGUACGCAACAGGUCUAUUAAAUUUGCGUUCUCAUUUAAGUGUGCGAUGUAAGUGUUUGGAUGUGUAAUUGUUACUCUGUCUCUGUGUGUGUAAGUAGACAACUACAACAAUAACAACAACAAAAAUAUAACAACUUCAAUCUCUCGCCCUGUUACAACUACCAUCACGUAGUUUUUGGGGUCCGGUGAUUAGUAGAGAUCAUUUAGUUGAGCUCGCGGGGGUUGUUUGUUACGUUGCUGGCUUUUAACGCGUAAUUCCGGGAUGUUAUCGAUCCGCGGAGCGUCCUCCCCGGCCUUAGGAUGCACGUGCAACGUCUCUACCAUCACCGCCGCCGUUGCCGCCGCCGCCGUCGACGCCGCUCUCUUAGCGACAUCCUUCAGCUCCCUCAUUUCGGCCACUAUCGAUCUCUAAAUGGGAUGACGAAGCCGCCCCUAUGUUGAAGAUUCCCGCACGUUUUAAACAAUGUGACCUCAGUGUUUCCCUUGCGUUUGAUUAUUGUGACUGCAUUGUCAACAUGGGUACUCGUGCCGCUGCAUUCACGGUCAAGAUACGCAGUCUCAACGACUAUCAUGUGAAGCUCAUGCAAGGGAUUAUGCCGCCCCCUUCAGGGGUGGACAUAGCUAACACCAUCAAGUAUUUUUCACAAACACUGUUAACGGUCUUAAAAGAUGUACCCAAUUCACCACUCGAGCUUCUAAAAAAUCCUGAUAUGGAUGCAACCCGGAUUGGACUCUAUCCCAGUCUGGACUAUAAAGGAUUAUAUAACUCUCUUAUACCUUUAAUUGAGGUCGCACCUUUGAUUCAGAAUGGUUUACAUAAUUUUGGCCAAGCAUUUCUUCAAUGUCUUGGUUGUCUCCUUCCGUUUUUAGAACACGACCUUAUUGAUAACCUCCCGUACCUGAUGGCAUCUUCCAUCGCGGUUUUACCAAGCAGUUUACAUCAGGAUAUCGUCAAUUCUUUAUGUUUUUAUAUUUUACCUUUCACUAUAACCCGGCAUAAAACCAGAGAAGACAUUAGUCAAUCUGUCUGCUCCGUUAUAAUGAUGAUCUUUCAAUAUUCGAGUAACCCUGCACAUCAUUGCCAACUUUUGGAAUGCCUAAUGAAGCUAAAACAAGCUAUUCUAAAAGAUGUGCUUUCUGUUAUUGCUUAUGGUAACAGCACUGCUCGAUAUUCUGCAACAAAGUUACUCUUUUAUUAUUGGCCUACUUUCAACGCCAACUUUUUCGAUCGAAAGAAUUUAAUUUGCAAACUUGCUGACCCUGCACCCUUUGUCUGUCAAAGAGACAUGUGCCCUAACUCUGGCAACGCUGAAGCUGCAAAAGUUUGCUAUGACCACUGCAUUUCCAUCACUUUUGCAAGUGAUACCCCACCUCCUCUGUAUCUCUGUAUUGAAUGCGCUAACGAGAUACAUCGAGAGCACCCAAAUCAAACCUUCUGCGACAUUUUGCACCCUAUGCAGGCACAGUCUAUGGUCUGCGAAAACAAGAAUUGUCGUUCUAAUGACAAAUCAGCAAUCUCUAUCUGUUUCUCUACUGAAUGCGCAAGUUACAACGGUAACCACCCUAUCAGAUACUGUGAACAAUGUCACAACAAUCGACAUAACAACCGCCGAGGUGGAGAUCACGUUGUCCAUCGAGCUUUACCAACAACCUGGUCAAUGGAUACUGAAAUGCAGACUUAUAUGGUCGAAGCCAUUGUUUCUCUUCUAAAAGAAGCUAAGACACCACAACCGGAAACAAGUAAAGAUAGUAGUCCCAUGGAUGGUAAACCACAUAUUGUCCAAGUUGAUAACAUCACAGCUGAAGAGAGACAACUCCUGGGACGCUAUGGUAUCUGGUUAUUGGUGGGACGUUGUACACCAGACGAAAACACACCUGUAGAAAUCCUUGGACGUCUUCUUGCUAUGCUCUUUCAUUGGUUUCACAUGACUGCUUAUUCUUCAGAUAUGAAAGAAGAAAGCACCUUAGAAAAACUUAAAACAGAAAGUGUCUGUGCAUGGCUUAGAGAAAUUAGCAACACUCAUUAUAAACUCUUCAUCAGUUGUCUAUUACCACACCCACCGGAAUAUGCAAGAGUGGGAGGUCAUUGGGACACUUUAGCAUCAAGAACCUCUCAUUUAAAAGAAGGUCUCAAUAGGUUAUUUUGUUUGGUCCCGUAUGAAGUAAUAAAUCAAGAUAUAUGGGAUUAUGUAAUGCCGCAUUGGAUGGAAGCAGUUGUCAAUGAUGUUCCUGAAAAAGAACUUCCGGAAUUAAGAAUUAUCUUGAGUAAAAUAUUAGAUACCGAUAUGAGUCCCUUGGGUUUCGAUGCAAAGAAGAUGUAUAAUUUUGUUAGUCUACGUUUUGAGAAACCGUCAGCUAAGGUGCAAGAACAAGCCUUAAAAUGGUUACAGACUUUGACAAUGUUAGAGAUUGUAAUCCCUUUACCAUUAUUGUUUUCUAUAUUUGGGGAUGCUGUUAAGUUUAUGAAGGCUUUGAUAGAGAAAGGUCAGGAUAGUCCUGAUAAAACAUCAGCUGCAAGGCAAGAAAGAAGAAGUUCAAUUUUUGUAGAAGACUGCGAUUCUGCAACAACUUCACUCUCGGAUGACGAAGGAAAGAUGUCCCAACAUACAGAAUUCGAAACAGACGCCGAACGCAAUUUAUUCUGCAGUAUUCUAAUGUUGGACGUGCUUCUGAAACAAAUGGAACUUCAGGAUAUCGAUAAACACACAGGUCUCAACUCCCAACUCUGCAAAGAUGUCUGCUGGCUGCUGAAAUCAAUGGUCACCGCUGCCUGGAUAGGAUCCCAUGAAUGCAACGCCAAAUCCGAGUGUGUCUACUGUGAAUCCAGCAUCAUGUGGCAUCAGCUCUCGCUACAACUGAUCAAGUAUUUGUCACCGGUGCAACCGGCGCAUCCGCCAGACCCACCACUCGAAGAGAACACUGACGAUGGUCAUAAUCGCAAAAGUCCCCCAGAGAGUGAUAAAAAAGAUUCCAAAUCAGAUGUUGUUUUGAAUAUGCCCAUUCCUGAAAUUCAUUCGGUUGGUGGUGUUUUGGUUCAUAUGCCGCAUGUAUGUUCGCUGUUCCUAGAGUCGGAAAAUACGAACUUGAAAAAGAUUAUGACCGCGACAGUGGAGACUGUGUCUGAGCAAUUGGACCUGGCUGCGAUCAUACCAUCAGAGAAAGUUGUUUCUGCUGUUGCUAGAGCCAUCACUUUAUCUGAAUCUGAUGUUGCAACUGCAACAGCACAAGUUGCUAAACCACAGGUAAUUGGUGAAAAUGAUGAACCUGUUGAACCAGAACCAGGGGAUGAUCUAGAAAAUUUCUGGCAGACAUCAGUGGGGAAGUUUAAGUUUAUAAUUUCUGAUUUACCACAACCAUUGCAGUAUAUUCACCAAUUACUUCAUGAGUUACCAAAAGUUGAAAAACCGGAUGUUUUAUACUACAUGUUGCAGUGUUUAAAUGUUUUGAUUUUACAUGGCGAUGCUUGUACCAAAGCUUCGAAAGAACAUCGAGGGUUCUUCAUUUGGUGCCAAGAAAAUUUACUAAUCAAAAAUUUAUGGAAUUUAUGCAACGCAGAACAUUCCCAUAUUUGCCAGGAAGCCGUACCACUUCUCCUUCACUGUAUAACUUUACCAGCUGGUUCCGAUGUCUUCUGGAGAGUAAUCCAAGAUGAAUUCCAUGAUUACGACUGGGGAGUACGUUUCGUCGCAGUGGAACGUGUCACUGUCAUCGCUAGAUUCAUGGAUUCUAGUCCCCUGCGAAACAAUCUUCCUUUACAGGCUGCAUUGGCAAAUGCUUUCUGUUAUCUUAUUUCCAGCAUGGAUGAUCCAAACGUUUACAUUGCACAAAGAGCUACUUUAUAUCUGGGAACAAUUCACGACAGCGCUAUUAAAUCAUUACUCAUGUGUUUGGAAACACAGUUUGAUUCUGUAAUCGUUGACCGUCCCAUGGUGCUUCAAUCUAUUUACCAACUGCAUAACUCACUAAGUGAAAGGAAGAUAUUAACAUGGGAUUUCUUCCUGAAUAGAUUUGAUACGUUGUAUAUUGAAGCACAGAUUAAUUUGGAAAAGUCAGGAGACAUUUCCUACUUCCGGGAUUUACGUAAUACCGAACCAACUAGUGAGGCGUUUAAUAAAAAGAUGAAUAGAGCUCAGGAGGCUUUAUCGAACACAGAGGGAAGUGGUAAUAGUCUGGUGAAAACUCUAAGUGCAAGUUUCGGGACAAAAUGGCCGUAUAAACGUACCAUGUCAGCACCUGCAUCGAUAAUAACCCGACAUGAAUUUAAAGUUGAAUCUAAAGAAAAAGUUUACAAUCGUCAAACAUCUGCGCCGAUUCUGAAGCGCAAGAGCUCCAGGUUUGGACUCGGUCAGUUUCUAGGCACUAGUAACAGUCUUUCAGAUGGUCACAUGCACUCGAUGAACGUGGUCGAUGAUGCCAACCUGGCAAGUUUCUCACAGAAGAUUAUCGAGUUGGAAGAAACAGAUCGCGAGACUAUGCACUUGUUGAUCUUUUUACUCUUGCAAUUCCUGUCGCGGUCGGAUCAAGCGUUUCCAACUGAUGAUAAGCGUUUGACCAAAACGCAAGGAAUUGUUUUGAGGCAUUUGUAUCUACUUCUAGGCUAUAACCAAGCUGAUAAGAGUUUGUAUUUACCUCCGACUAGAUUGAGGGGCUCUGCAGCUUUCAAUGUCUUCUUGUCUAUCUUACCACAAUUAUUGGACCAGAAUCAUCUUAUGGGAAAGAUUAUUCUACCUACGUCUAUUACUCUAUUGCAAUUUGCUCCGUCUCCGGUUUAUGUGACUACGACUAACAUGGACUAUCAACCAUCUUAUAGUUUGUGGUAUUUGGAGUGUCAAUCAAGGAGGAAUUGGUUGAUGUCAUUGGUGGUUUUAUUAUACAAAUACCAAUACAAUGUCCAACCAAAUUGUCUUCAACUAUGUUCCCUGAUAAGGAUUGUCUUGAAUACUUUGGAUGCGCAACAUCAUACCUGUAAGCGAAUACCAGCGACGAUUGUGAUGGGCGCGCCCCCGUCGCGCUCCAGAGAUGUUAGUCAACCGUCCUUAGGUGCUGAUAACGAACGUACAGAUACGCGCGGUAAUACACCACCCUUAUCACCAAUGUAUUCUGCAGAGGCGCAGUGCGUGCAGGUGUCCCUGGGCUCCAAGGGCACCAAGUCGCAGGUGAUUUACACCAAACCAUCAUCAGCAUCCAGUAUGGAGACACACUGGGAGGAACCAGACGUCAAAAAAGAACGAACACGAAAGAAUACUGAUUAUAGUCUCGACGGGGAUGAAACUGAAUCGGAAUUGAUAGCUAUACCUGAAAGUGAUCUUUCUGAUAGUACCCUACAUGGUAGUGGACAGGAUGAGUUUGAUGAUGCUGUUGAUGAAAUCAGCAUUACAAAAACAAAGAAACAAGUCAAACCUAAAAGGAGUACCUGGUUUAUUGGUAGUGAUGAACCAAGUCCCAAGUCUUUUGAAAAGAGGAAUUACACUAUCGAAAGAUCUAGGUUUGAAGGGUCCAAGAACUGCGCAAAGUUUACAGGUCUAGCAAAUACAGCUGCAUUGGUCGUGGGCGUACCACAUUUAGCCCUAGCCAAAACCGUAACCACGGAUAUCCAUAAACCUGUUACAUGUACCACCUCACUUGACCCACCACUUGCCAAACCUUCCCCACUGGGUAAACACAAAAAAAUAAUCGAUCCUAGUAUCACCCCAGUGUGCACACCUGUCUCUGACACUGAAGAAGCAAAGAAAAACAUGCUCCCUGCGCCGUCUAUCGAAAGACUCUUACCAAUUGGUUCCGCCAAACCACCACCAGUGUUGAGUAGUCUUGAGCAGCAUGCUAGCGUUGAAGGUGAUUCUGCAUCAUCACCUGAAACACCAACACCAACGCAGGACGAUGACCCUCUAGAAUCGCCACGGACGACGUACGCGGCUAGCCUAGAGUCACAAUUAGAGAUCCCUAGUCAGGAGCGCCUGCUUCCCAUAGGCCAGCACAAUAAAGACAUCAAUCAACUGGUGGACAAAGUGCGGCAGGCGCUAGGUAUACCAACGCCUACACCCGCUGCGAAAUACGACCGCUCCGCGGGCAAUAGUAAAGAGUCCACGUCGGCGACACAUAGUCCUAGACGCUUGAUCAAACAGGUCGCCCUUGAAAGUCCUCCAAACACGAUGGAUCCAGAUGAAUCUGUAUUUACAAACGUGUUCAUCGAUAACAAGAGUGAUGGUGUUAUACAUAGAGCAAGAAUAAGAAAAGUUGGUCCAUUUGCAAUGGGUUCAAAUAUAGCCAGGGACCCACGACGACCUGGUGCUUGGUUAAGUCCGGAUGGUUCCCCGAAAUCUCUAGAACAACCUGAUAUGAAGCAAUCGACUUUUAGAGUUGGAGAUGAGUGCGUCAAUGAAAGAUGCACUGAAUGUGGUACCAUCAUUGAAGAAUACAGUGAUGAAGAAAUAGGUUUAUGUAUUGUGACCUUGGGGACGUUUAUACAUCGAGAACCCGCUUUAGCAGCACCUAUGCUACCUGAUAUCUUAAGCAUAGUUGCUAAAGUUGCUACCAAUGCCAAUUAUCCAUGGCAAACAGAAAGUAAUAUCCAUCUUCCUGGUGGGGCCGUAAGUGUAGCCCACCAGUUCCUGCGUUGUGUUUUACAUCAACUAGCGCCUAAUGGAAUAUUUAUACAAAUGUUCCAAUCGUAUACAAUCGAAUCCACUAGAAUUCAAUUCUUCAAAAGUGUGAUUCAAGCCUUGGUCGAUUUCAACGAAUUAAGCCCAGUGGCACCUUUACAGUUGUUACUGGAAACAUUAAACUCAAAGAAAACCCUACCCAUUGAUUCAUUACCACGUAUAAUGGAAAACUUAGCUUGUUAUUUGGAUUGUUUACCAUUGGAAGCUGCUCUGGGGCCAACAUCACCUCUAUGGAGCAAUGUCCUUCAACAAUUGGAGAUUUUAUUUAGAAAGAUGAUUUUUUUGUUGAAUACUAUUGAAGAUAUUAUGCCAAUGUUACGAAUUAUGAUUACUAUAUUUAAGAUUCCUGUGAUAUCACAAUAUAAGGGUAUACUGGAACCUUUUUCGAAAGUUUUAAGUUACGCUAUACAAACAAACGUUUUGAAAUAUAGUUAUCUAGUAGAUGUGUGUUAUCUAUGUAAUCGCGCAUUUACGAAAGACCGCGAUAAAUUAAUUCUAAGUCGAAUGGUGGUCUACGAAUUGGUUCAGGCGUUAAAGUUUAAAACAUCAAUUCCGGAUUCAAAUCUUUUGAUGUUGAUCAAUUUGGUUCUGCAAGAUGUAGGAGGAUCCAUACCUUCUAAUGUAGUUUUAAAGGAUGCUAACCCUUUGUAUGUUGAUUUUUAUGGUCCUGUUUUCAAUACAAAUGUUUCUGAAUGUAUGCGGAUGCAUCUCGGAGACAUUUUGGAGUUUUUGACUGAUUUUCAUACUUUGGCCAAAAUUAAGAGUUAUUGUAAAGGUGUCCCCGUUGGUCUUAACGAUGACACUCUAGGUGGGAUAAUAAAAUGCGGCGUAGCACAAUAUUUAGCCCUAGAAAUCACACGUGGUAAUGGAAGAGACAAUAGAGCAGUCACUAGAUAUCUUCCAUGGUUAUAUAGUGCUUCUACAGUACAGCAAACCCCACGUGAAUUUGUUGAGUGCAUUAGUCACAUAAGAUUACUCAGUUGGUUACUUUUGGGAUCACUGACGCAUACAGCAUUACAUGGGACAGGACAAGGUCAUACCAUCUCGCAACCCAUUCCACAGGAAGCAUCUUGUCAAGUGGCUGACCAUAUUCAAGUAAUUAUGGCUGGAUUUGCUGAACAACCUAAAGCGUCCAUAUUGCAUAUGUCAUCGCUGUUCCAUACGUUUAUAUUGUGCCAACUGUGGACUGUUUAUUUGGAGCAAGGUCUUAGUACCCAUCUUCCAACCUCGGAGGCUUAUAAUGUUACAAUGAAUAUACUGUUUGAUUUUUGGGAUAAGGUAACACCUUGUAUUUUACAACUUGUGCAGCAGUCAAAAGUGCUAAGUGAAAUUGUAAGUCUGCACUUUUUAAGCAUGUUGGAGGCUUUAAUUGAGUGCCAUUCAACGUUUGUUGGAAAAUUGCUACCGCUAUGGACGCCAGUUUUGUGUUCAAACCAAAUUCAAUUGCCUGGUCAUCUACAAGUGAGACUACAAAACUGUCGCAAUUUUAUCCCAAUUGGACACGCUGAAGUACUCCCGGAGAAGAGCAAACAACACAUUCACAAUCCCGUUUUGCUAAAGUGGUUACAACGCUUGCAGUUUAAGAUGGGUCAAAUCGAAUUGCAAUCGUCUACGGCCACACAGUUUUAUUCAUUGUAAUCGACAUUGUUAGAAACUGUACCAAUAAAGAUACAUAAAAAUAAAUACUCACAUAUACAGGG